AUGGAUAGAAAUCUAGUCAAAGUGUCACUGUGGGAUGCAAGUGUAGGGUGUUCUGCUAUAAUAUAUAUGUACUCUGCAACGAACCAUCGAACAUAUGUGGAUAUGAAAGAAGUUAUUAAAGAGAAUCUAGAAAAUGAAAUAGAUGGAAAUUCGAUUUUGGUUCUUGCUGAAAUGAAUAGCAAUGAUGAUUCUUCGAGAGUUGUUACUGAUGAGGAAAUAUUAGAAGUCAAGUAUUUACUUAAUGUCGAUCAUUAUUUCAAAAUUGACAAAAUUACUCACCAAAACGCGAUGUUUUUGGUGACUGAAACUUUGGCCGAAAUACUUGACAGUCAACAACUUGAGAACCGUAAGGAAAUUAAGCAUAUUAACACGUUAGAAAAUAAAUCUCCAAAUGAUAAUAAGAAUAACACAGGAAUCUGUGUUGCCGUAUGA